AUGGUCUACGCGUCCUGCCCGCCCUGCAGCCUGCCCUGGCCCUUCCCGCCCAUCGUACCCUGCGGCCCCUGCGGCUCGACGGCCUGCUGCGUACCGCCCGGCACCCAGUGCUUCUGCGAAGGCGCCCCGACGCCCCCCUACACCUUCAUCCCCAGCGGGCCGGUGCCCAUUUGUCCCAGGCGGAAGCCGCCCCCGUGCCCGCCGAUGCCGCCCUGCUUCCUGCCCGGCUGCUGCUUCACCGUGCCCGGCCAGGACGAGGAUCCCUGCAUGAGUUAUGUAAACGGCUUCGAAACGCUAGUCUCGUAUAUCUGCGAUGCUUCACUUUUAGAAAAUAACAGUCAUUCUUUGAGGCGACCGCGUUACAGCUAUCUAAAACGAUCGCCCGGCUUAUCGAGCACCCUGUAG